GGCGGGCGGCCUGGAGGGAGACGAGGCAGGGCCCAGGGCGGGAGCCCUUCUCGGCAUCCAUAGUGCGGACAGGCUGCCCGGCGGCCCUGGGUGAGCUGAGCCAUGGCGGACCCCAAUGCCUCCUCCCAGGCCGGCCCCUGCGACCCCUCGUGGACGUCGUGGACGCAGCACUUGACGGGGCUCUACGCGGCGGUGCUCGUCGGGGGCGUGGCCGGCGUCUUGAGCAUCCUGGUGGUCCUGGCCAACAUGAACGCGCGCUCGGUGACCACGACGGCCGUCAUCAACCUGGUGGCGGUGCACGGCGCCUUCCUGCUCACGGUGCCCUUCCGCCUGGUCUACCUGGUGCGCAGCACGUGGCCCUUCGGGCUGCCCUUCUGCAAGGUGGUGAGCGCGGCGCUGCACGUGCACAUGUACCUCACGUUCCUCUUCUACGCGGGCAUCCUGGCCGCCCGGUACCUGCUCUUCUUCACGCACAGGGACAAGGUGCAGUUCUACCGCAAGCUGCACGCCGUGGCGGCCAGCGCCGCCGUGUGGCUGCUGGUGGCGGUGCUCAUCCUGCCGCCCCUGCUCAGCCAGUAUGGCUCCCGCCGCACCUACAACGACAGCCGCUGCUUCGAGUUCCAGGGAGAGCUGAGGGAGGCCUCGGUGAGGGUCGUCAACUACGCGGCGGCCGCGGCGGUCAUCGGCGUCGCCGUGGCCCUCCUGGCCGUGCAGGUGGUCAUCCUGGUGUCCACGGGGCGGAGGCUGCGCCGCGCCUGCCUGUCCCACCAGGAGUUCUGGGCGCAGCUCAAGAACCUCGUCUUCAUCGGCGUCAUCUUCGUCUGCUUCCUCCCCUACCAGCUCUUCCGGCUCUACUACCUGCAGGACCCGGCCGAGGACGGCUGCCAGCGCGCCGCCGCCUACAACGAGAUCUUCCUGAGCAUCACAGCCGGCAGCUGCUUCGACCUGCUGCUCUUCGUCCUGGGGGGCAGCCGCCGCUUCAAGCACAACCUCAUCGACUUCCUGAACUGCCUCUCUUGCCGUUAGGCCGAGGCGGGCCCAGAGACCAGCGGAUGGGGGGGGGGGGGCAGGCUGGGCCCCUGUGAGGGCCGCAGAUCUGCCCGAGAUGGCCCGGACCUUCCGGAGUCACGCCCUGGGCAGCACUGCUCCCUCCCUUCUGCCUUCCAAGCCUCCUGGCUGCCCUGGUCCCCACCCUGGGAGGAAGGCAGGCAGAUGUGGGAGCCCCCUGGACCUGGAGCCCCGGCUCUGCGUCCAGGCCUCCUCCAGGCCUCCGUUUCCAUCAUCUGUCAAAACCGACCAGGACACCCCGGCAGAGGCUUCAUCUCAAGGCCAGACUUCCUCCACGUCCCUCUUAGGACUCUCAGGACCCGGAGGGCUGGAGGGGCUCCGGGUGUCCCUCUGCUCUGUCAUCUGCUCCAUCCGCUCCCCCAUUUUGGGGGCCCAGGAAUUAGCAUCCCAGUUCCAGGGAGCCACAGAGCAUUUCUAGACGAAGGUGCCCUCAGAAGUUGGGGCAGAGCAAAAGGCAAGCAUUUCCUCAGCACUUUGGAGGCAGAACCCCCCCUCUCUCCCCCCCCCCCCAGGCCCCAGGGUUAGGCUUAGAGGUUAGCUGGAUGACUCCAUAGCUUGGGCCACCCAGGCCGCCAUUUAGGUUCCAGCCCAUUUGGGAGAGGGCACCAUCCCAGCGAACAGAUGGGGUCUGGCUAGGGGCCCGAUCCCUAUUCCAAUAAACAGAUGGAUUACAGGACAUCUGGGGGGGGGUUGGCAUGGGAGGGAAGGAGGGGAGAACAGAACCUGAAGAGUACUGAGGAGUCCAAGAGGGAGGGGGCCGAAAGGAGAAGGGAAGUGGAGAGGAGGAGGAGGGUUGACCAGAAGGCCCUUCUGGCCAGAUUCCAGCAUGUGGAGCUUUUUGCUUCUCCUUCCUAUUUCACCCUAAAAACCAGGAAGAUUGGAAGCUCCUCUGGGCAGCCAUUGCUCUAUUUGGAGCUCCGUCUUCCCAGGGCCUCCGGGGGCCACGGUCUGAGGCGGAAGGGCAGGGGCUGACUCUUGGACACAGGGUAAGCUCUGGGCACCCCAGCUGUCUCCUGGGAAACGUCCGGAUCGCAUUUGUGGUUCUGACCUCCCACCCAGGAUGGAUUGUUGGGAAGAACAUGGGAAGUGGGGCUCGGUGAGUGCUCGGCCAACCCCAGAGCUGUGUGAAUGCCAACCAGGGGGUGUCGCUGUUUGUUUGCUGGACCAGUGAGGUUUGGCCCAGUGCCUGGCCCACAGUAGGCGCUCUAAACCACCGGCUCCUCUUUUGGGGUAGAAGCGUUUGUGAAAAGAAUGAGGAGAAUCCAGGCAAAGAUUUCUAAAUGCAACCAAUCCAGUCUUGAGAGUAUUUUUUCUAUCUGGAACACCAGGUCUGGGUCAGGAAGCUUCAUCUUCAUGAGUUCAAAUGUAGCCUCAGCUACUUACUAGCUGCGAGACCCUGGGUAAGUCACUUCACCCUGCUGGCCUCAGUUUCCCCAUCUCAUCCUGGAGAAGGAAAUGGUGAACCACUCCAGUAUCUUUGCCAAGAAAACCCCAAGAGCGGUCACCGAGAGUCCAACGCAACUGAAAGGACUGAAAGGUAAAACCAAUUCUGGGCAUCAGCCCGCUCUACGGCCAUGAUGCCAGACUCCAGUAGGAAUGAGGGCCACCAAACAGUCCACGAGGUCCCUGCAGGCCACCCUUCACUUGGAAAACCAUCUAUUUACACGGUCUAUAUAGAGUUCAAUAUUAUCCUUAUUUAUUUUGCCAAAUAUUAAUCCAGUUCAGGACCCCCUCUUUAACACGGCGCUCUAGAUUUCUGCAUUUGCAUUCAGGAAAAGCUGAGUGCAGAUCCUGCCUCAAAUUCUUAGCUGUGUGACCCUGGGUAAGUCACUGCCCUCUGUUAACCGCCCCCACCUCCCAGGUGAUUGAGGGGAUGCAACCAGAUGGCCCAAGGAGGGCUUUGUCCUGAGAGAGCUCAGGCUGCGUGGCCCGAGAAGAGGCCAAAAUAAAACCAGCAUUUGCUCAU